AUGUCUGUCGAGCUGGACCCCGUCGAGCUUGGUUUCAAGCGCCCCUUCACCCACGAGGUUGCUCAGGUCCUCCGUCUGUACAACAAGAACUCCGACCCGGUAGCUUUCAAGGUCAAGACCACCGCCCCCAAACAGUACUGUGUCAGACCAAACUCUGGCCGCAUUGAGCCUGGUCAGGAUGUUGAGGUCCAAGUCUUGCUGCAAGCCAUGAGGGAAGACCCUCCUCUUGACGCAAAGUGCAGAGACAAGUUCCUCGUCCAAUCAGUCGCCAUCUCGGCCGACAAGGAAUACCCUAACGUCUCUCAAAUCUGGUCCCACAUCGAACAAACCGCCAAGUCAUCGAUCCAAGAAAAGAAGAUCCGCGUCGUCUUCCUGCCUCCAGAGGGCGUUGCCCACUCUGACGCUGGCGGCCACAUGGACGAUUCGAUCGCUACCUUCAACUCUGCCAACUUCAACUCUGUCUCACCUCAACCUCAAACCCCUCAGCGAGGCGCCGAUGUAGGAGCUGUGGGUGCCGUCUCGCGUCCGGAGGAACGUCCUGUCGACAACAAGAACCUUGGUGAGAUUGUCCAAUCAGCAGGCAACCCAGCCACCGAUAGAUACACCACCUUUUCCGACUCCACGACCACCCAAAGCUUUAUGAACUCUAUCCCCACCUCGGGCGAAGACGUGAAAGCCAAGCUCGCCGAAGCUCAAGCCACCAUUGCCCGAAUGAGCCAAGAAAGAGACGAACAAGGGUUGCGCCAGAGAAAGACUGAUGCAGUCAACCAAGAUUCCAAGGAGAGAAUUUCUGCUGGCACAACCGGCUUGGGUGUGCAGAAGGCACCUGCUGGCGGAGUCCCCGUCCAGAUCGUUGCCGGACUUUGCCUUCUGUGUUUCUUGAUCGCCUACUUCUUCUUCUAG